GGCUGCCUACGUGGUCACAGCGCCCCCUCCCUUCCCCUGAAGGCGACGCCCGUUGGGGAGGCGCCCUUUAAGGACGUCAGGGCUGCGUCCAGAAACGCAGCAUUGUGAGGGGCGUGGCCUGGGGACGCGUUACCCGGGCGACCACCGGCUGGGCUGCCCAGACUUGAUGUGGGCGUAGAGCCGGAAAGGCGUGUGUGAACAGCGGAAGCGAAGACGGCUUGCCGGACCCCAUUCCCCGGCCCCCUGGGGGCUGAUGGGUGGCCUUGGGUCGGUACCUCAGGAACUUCUGUAAGACUGCCGAAGCCUCCGCCGCUAAGGCGGCCGCCUGCAGCGUAACUGCCGACAGGAAGCAGUGCGACUCCCUUUAUCAACGUUCUUAAGAUUUUAACCUGACUUAUCCUUAUUGUCGACUCCUGGAACCUGGCUAUAAAAGCCUGCAUGAUCCACAUUUAAAAGCAUACUACAGGUGAAAAGAUAUCCUGAGGAGAUUAAAGAAAGGUGGCCACAUCACCAGCAAUAAUAAGAAAAUGACUGAGAAACAAGUAAACAAAUUGUGUGAUACCAAGAGAGCCUAUGACAAUACACAGUUCCAAGAUUGGCUGUUACAGGAAAAUACACAAUCAACUCCAGACCAAGAGCUGUUAAUAAAGCAGAGAUAUUUAGAUAUGAUUCGUAGGGAAUUAAACAAGGUUGAGCACACGGCUGAAAAGCAGAGCAUACGCCCAAUGAAGAAAGAAGAAAAAAGACAUCGGGAUAACAUUAGAAGAAAACUUAGUCUCCGUAGACAAAUUGAACAGGAAUGGAAAAUGAAAGAAAUGUUACUUCUGACAAAGAUUGGAGAAGAAGUAAAAAGAGAAGCAAGAGUUGAGGAACAACGUCGAAAAGUCAGAGAAGCAGCUCACCAGAAGAAACAAGCACUUCUAGAGAAAAAAAUCGCUUAUCAUUUACGAAAAAUGCAAAGGAAUGACCUUCAGAGAGAAGGAUCAGAGGGAAGUAUAUUUGAAGACAAAGGUGAAGAUGAAACAAAAGCUCCUUAUCCAAAGGUCAAGAAACCGAGUGCCACUGCCAGUCAUCGGAAGUUACACCAAGGACAAAAACGACCAUCUCACCAUUUGUUUAGUUCUGUAAAGAUUCCUAACAAAGCAUCAUUAACUUCAUUACCUUCUCAGCAUAAUGUACGGAGGAACACAACAGAACAAAAGAAAGAUAGAAGAAUGAUUAGAACAUCAUAUUCUUUAAAUGACAGAGAAACUACAGGCACUUCACUUCAAGCUCCAGAUGUUUCUGCUAAAACAGCAAAUGUCUAUAGACACACUCCACGGCAUAUUUCGAAUCGAGAGGUAACAGAUGCUGAUUUGAAUGGGAAGAAGGCCAAGAAAACAACUGUAACCUUUCAUGAAAUCAUCCCUUCUCACAACUCAUCAACUGAACGACAAAACUACUAUCAAAAUCGCUGUCAAGAAAAAGUAUGUACAAUGAAAUUCACUGAUAAAGCAACAUAUUUUUGAUAUUUUCUAAUAUGUUAUUAGAGAAAAAUCUGUGAGUCAGACAACCAGCAAAAUCAUCUGUUGAUAUUAGUCAGUUUUCCACUUUGCCUUUUUCUCUUGCCUUUCACUCUGAGUUAAUCUUGAGUUUUGCAGAGGGUCCACAGUUAUUGUUAAAAGAGUUAUUGUUAAAAGGGGUCUAGAAUUACUGCUACUGACCUUUUGUGCAGGGGACUCAAGGAGGUAGAUUAGGGGAGGUUUAGGAUUAAUCAUCACAGGGAAAGCAUCAAAGACCGCAGACCAUUCCAUAGUGGGAAGACAUUAAAGGAAAAUGCCUUUGCAGAUGCUUGUAGGUCAUCUGGCUCAGGGGCAUCCUGCCCCUUCAGGCAGGUGAGCCAGGAUGUCAGGAUCAUCUUUUAAUUCUGCUGAGAGUAAGAAGAAUUUUAGGAUGGCUACUCCAUCAAAAGAAGGCGCCUGGUCAGAAGAGAGCUGUAGCUUGGACCAGGCAAAAAGAAGAAGGUGAAUUUGAUAAGCCCUAACUCUGGGGCUAGGCAGAGGAAUCAUGAACAAGAGAGGAGCUCAGGGGAGUAGCAAAUUCACACACCCUUUCACACAUACACCUGAUCAGUUCAUAGAACAUGCAACAAACACAAAGACUGAGACAUACUGGCACAAAAAGGAUAUUUCUUGGUUUAAUCAUAUAGUGAAAAUAAGCUGAAAAAUCAAAUUCUGUGUAUCAUAUUUCACUUCACUUAAAACUUGAGGAAUGUCCCAAUUUUAUAUAUCAAAGUUGAAAAUGUUUCUUCUCAGCUACCCUAAGCCUAAUAAUGUAGGUUUGCUGUACAUUAUCUCUGGUGAUAAGAAAAUAAUAUAUAUUGAAAUUCUUAGCUCGUAUGUACUGGAACGGAUUUAGACCAAUUUAGACCAGGAAGGUAAGUAACUUACCUAUUAAUGUUUAAAUGUUAUUCUUAGAAGUGUUUGAUUUAGGAGAUGUUUAUGUAAAACAAGUGUUUUUCAACCAUAUGCUGUCAUUUCAAACUAUGUUUUUCAAACUCAGGAGCCAUUUUCUAGUCUGUGCAGUAGAUGAAAAAAAUGCAUUACGAGACCUAGAUAGUGGUGAUGUUUGCACAUUUUGAAUGUUCUUAUUGCCACUAAACUGUAUACCUUAAAAUGGUAAAUUUUAUGUUACGUGUAUUUUAUCACAAUAAAAGAUGCUUAAAGAGA